AAUAACGGUACGCUACGGUAUUUAUGGGGAUGAUCCCCGGCGGACGACACCGCCGCAGCUGCGUCGCAGACGUUGACCAAGUAAAUAAAUGCCCUCCGAAACAAACACCGGCGGGGGCUCUCGGCUGGCGGUAGCAAGCGGUCGUCCAUUGUCUGCGUAGAAAUUAUGGCCUGGAUGUGGAAGAGGAAGUCGCUGAUAGCCACCAGUCUGAUAGUGGUGGUUUCGUUCUUCGUGGUGGUGGUCCACUACUCGGAGAAGCCCUACUUCCUGCUGCAGCCUGUGUUUGGUCAGACCUUCAGCAGCCACUGGAUGUUCUCCAGGCAGCCGCACAGGGUCUUCAAACCCCACCUGGGCUAUGUUAGCAUUCCUAAGCAGGAGCCCCUGAAGUUGCACUGUGAGCUGUGCAGCAUCGUGUCCAGCUCGGGGCAGAUGCUGGGGCAGACCGCUGGGCCGCAGAUUGACCAGUCCUCCUGCAUUUGGCGGAUGAACAACGCUCCCACGCGGGGGUUUGAACAGGACGUGGGCAGGAGAACCACGCUGAGGGUCGUCUCCCACACCAGCGUACCCCUGCUUCUGCAAAAGCCCCAGUACUUUUUCGGCCAGGCCAACGACACGGUCUAUGUGGUGUGGGGACCCCUGCGCAACAUGAGGAAGGAUGGCAAGGGCAUCGUGUACAACAUGCUGCGGCAGGCGGCGGAGAACUACCCCCAGGCCCGCAUCUAUAUCACCACGGAGGACAGGAUGAACUACUGUGACAUGGUCUUCAAGAAGGAGACCGGAAAAGACAGGAUCCAGUCAGGCUCCUAUCUCAGUACCGGCUGGUUCACGCUUAUCCUGGCUAUGGACAUGUGCAAAGAGAUUCACAUCUACGGCAUGAUAAACGACACCUACUGCAAGACGGAGGGUUACAGAAAAGUGCCCUACCACUACUAUGAGGCUGGCAGCCGGGAUGAAUGUGCUGAGUACCUUCUCCAUGAGAGCGCCCCCUACGGUGGCCAUCGCUUCAUCACAGAGAAAGCGGUGUUUGCCAAAUGGGCCAAGACGCACGCCAUCAAGUUCUUCAACCCCUCUUGGCAGCUAUCGUGACCCUGGCCAGUUCAGUCCAAUCAGGAAACGCCACACCGUCAUCAUCAUCAUCCAGGGACAACACUAAAAGUCUUGACACACCUCAUCAAAAAAACUCUUCCUGCUCAUUGGUGUGAGCAUGUGCAAAUAUUCAUAUCGGCCACGUUUUCCCUGUCAGUUCUGAUCCAGUCUCACUUUUGUAUUGACCAUUGCUCCACCUGUCCCUAACUGGUCAAGGUAAAGGACGUAAACCCCCUCCAGGUACUUGGAGGUGGAGUUCCUGAUGUGACAAUGGCCGCUAAAUCAGACCUUGCCCGUUGUGUCCAACCUGAUAGAGGAAGAAAUUUAUCCUUUGUUGGAUAUUUUCGUUUCAUCAGCUGAGGUCGAAAGCUGAUGGGACGAGAGACCUUUUUUUUUUUGUGUUAUACAGUGAAAAUGGUCACCAGGGUUGAUCGGUCCAACCACUUGCUGCCCUGUGAGUCAAGCAGUAUGGCUGAAACAGUAGCUACCAAAUGGGGAUUUGAAGGGACUUCAUUCAAUUUGCACUCAUCCUGAUGCCUCGACCAACGCAGUACGUGGCGACAGGCUCCACUGACACGAAUUUCUGAAACUUUAAUUUGAGAAAUGUGGCGUCCUAGUGCAGUCGUUCACGUCGCUGUAGACCUCCGACAAGCUCCCCGUCGCCAUUUCCUGUGUCUGUUUCCUGUGUCUGUUUCCUGUCAAGCAGUAAUUAAUGUAUGAUAAGUAACACUGAGGCGUUCAUCUGCAUCUGAGGAAGGACUGGAGGCAUCUGAGGAAGGACUGGAGGCAGACGCUCCAUCAGUUCCAAUUACUCGCCACCGUCUAUCAGAGAACCCUCAGCAGAUGAGGUCAUCCGAGAAGCAACUGACGAAAAGUGACGUCGUCGUUUCCAGAGCGAGUCAGGCAGUCUGUUCGUUUUGGUCAGAGGCACAAACCUGUUUUUUCCGGCCCCCCUCCCCAUCGCCACACCACCCUCGUGUGCGUUUACACGUUUGGAAAAUGCCAGCUUUUUCUUUUUGUUGAAAUGCUGUGAAAAUGAGUUGUGAUGGAUAUGUUCUGGCAUUGGUUCUGGUCGGUCAUUAGUUCUGUAGAUAGAAGUUGCGGACACUCUCGGCUGCCAUUGUCCGGCGAUGUGAGCAUCACAGCACAUAGAGCAACGUGCAAUUAGACAUGGGUGGAGUUGAGUCAUUAACUGUCCCCGUGCAGGAAGACACUACGUGUGCAGUGAAACCGACUGAAGUUAAUUGCAUUCAAUUAUAAUUUGUGCCUCCGAUACACUGAGCAGUUCAUUGUAUUUACACAGAUGAUGAUGCGCCCGAGGACCCGUUCCCGCUCUCCCCCCUCUCCUGCUUAUCUCCUCCUCGUGUUUGGUGCCUCCAUGUAUAGAGCAGAGCUGUACAUAUUUCACCGUCUGUCUCCGGGCGUGACACGCAUGUCUUCUUGUUCACACCGUUGCCGUUGGAUUCGCUCGCUAUUCAAGACCGCGGGGCUGAGGAAUAAUCAAUGGAGUACUGAAGCAUACUGGAUCACAGCCUCUGUGAAGGGAGACGGGGGAAACGGACCGACUAUGUGAACUGUGACCGCGGUACUCCCCGCCCCACCCCACCCCUUAAGGCCUUGUUUCGCCUCCUGGUCAGAAAUGAGGCCUGGACAAAGGAGAAUGAGAAUGAUGCAAUGGCUGCGAGACCACUGCAAUGCACUGAGGCGGCGUAGCCGAGGCUCAGCCCCGCUGCGUUGUAACCUGCUGUAUGUCUACCGUCGUUCACCACUGCACAGCCACUCCCCCCCCCCCCCCCCACACGUUGUUCCAGCUGCCACAGUCUUGUUUUGCAUCUGUGCUUUCCAGGCUGUGUUCACAACAGGAACAGGAAAUGUUUUUUUACAAGCCGUUUUGCCAUGUCCUGUCGAGGAGACCUCGAGAGAGGCAAAUAAUAACCGGCGUGGGCUCAGUCGCUGUAUAGUAAAACCCCCAAGAUGACGGCGCCAUCAAAAUGCACAACAACAACAACAAAAAAUCCCCCAUUAGUUUACCAGCUGGGAGGCUUGUUGGGCAGAAUAUGGCACAGGCUGAGCCACAGGCAGGGGUUUGAAUCUCUGUGGGUAAAACAUGGCAGAAACGCUGUCGGGCCCAGGGACUGUAAUUCAGCAGGGCCGUGCAGGCUUCAAAUGCAACGCAUAGUAGGAGUGCUGUGAGGCAUCUCCACACGCUGUGUGAUGAUGAGGAGCAAGAUGAAGCCUUGCAACGGCCACGUGACCGUGAGAUCUGGGCAGCGAGGGGCCGAAAACCAGAUCGUCUCUUCUCUUCCUGUGUGAAUCCAACCUUGACUACCCAAUAGUGAGCCCUAAUGUGCGUUUUGUAUUAAUGUUGUGUGUCAUUCACACGUUUCUACUGGGCCCGAGUGUGCGAUCAUGUGGCAGCUCUGACCCAAUCCGUUUUUUAUUUUCUUUUAAUUUUGUUCUUCUUUUUUUGGCCACUACCAUUCAUCCACCCAGGCGUAAAAUGAGGUUAAUUCACAGCCUCGCUGUAGCUUAGUCAUCUGGAUGCACCGCCGGAGCUGAACCGGGCCUUUCAUUGUGAAAACAGGACUUGUUCCGUUUCUGGAGCUCUGCAGGUUUCAAGCGUUGACAAGGCCCGAACUCGGGUUUCACACAAACACGGCUUUUCUUUCUUUUGCCGUCUUCUCCCCUCCUGUAAAAGCUGGCAGUGGUUUCAUCCGCACCGGGUUUCAUGCCGAGCUGUCGUGUGGUAUAGAAAUGCACAUUUUGGACCGGCGGUGGCUCUUGUGCGGCGGGUCCCGAGCAGCUCGGCAGCGCACGUCAGUGAAAUGGCGCCACUCAAAGCGUGCAGCUGCAUCGUGCCCAUGUGGACGCAACAUGCGAGUCUCUUGGGGUGAAAAAGACCCGGGAGCGCCCCGCAUAUCAGAGUUCUGAGUAGGAGCUCAGGGGGUCAAAGCCGGUGGCACAGAAGCUGUGAAUUUCAUAUUGUUCACCACUAGACAGUUUGGUUAUUCCCCCCCCCCCUUUUUCUCCCUCAAUUGUAUCCGGCCAAUUACUCCCCUCUGCCGAGCCGUCCCGGUCGCUGCUCCGCCCCCUCUGCCGAUCCGGGGAGGGCUGCAGACUACCACCUGCCUCCUCCCAUACACGCAGAGUCGCCAGCCACUUCUUUUCACCUCUCAGUGAGGAGUUUCGCCAGGGGAACUUGACGCGUGGGAGGAUCCCACUAUUCCCCCCAGCCCCCCUCCCCCCGAACAGGCGCCCUGACCGACCAGAGGAGGCGCUAGUGCAGCGACCAGGACACACACCCACAUCCGGUUUCCCACCCGCAGACACAGCCAAUUGUGUCUGUAGGGGCGCCCGACCAAGCCGGAGGUAACACAGGGAUUCGAACCGGCGAUCCCUGUGUUGGUAGGCAACAGAAUAGACCGCCACGCUACCCAGACGCCCCCAGUUUGGUUAUUUAAGCUCCCCCCCCCCCCUGGGCUUGAUUCUCUGUGGACCCUGUCCCAGACAGCAUGUAGCGUUUCAGCCGUUCUCCUUCCUAAACCUGUCUUCGUUCUUGUUGCCAUGCUGUUGCUGUUGCUGUUGUUGUUUUUUUUAAAUCCAAGUGCUUUCUUACUCUGAACAAAACAAAAUGUCAUGUCCUUGUCUUAACAACGUGUCGUAGCGAAGCACUUUCUUUUAUCACGCGCUCAUCAAGUGUCCUUGUAGAACCUGUUGGUGUGGGUGGACCCGGCGCCACCCCGAGGCUGGGUGAGGGACACGGAAUGUAUUCAGUCCAACACGGGCGGCGUCGGCACCACAAGGGUAGCCGACACACACCUCUCACCAGUGGCAAACAAACCAAACAACCCCGGUCUGCACAUCCUGCAUGGCUGAUGGCAGGUCUCUGUUCCACAGCGUGGGACCGAAUCACUGCCCAAACCUGCACCCUGUAGUAAAAGGCUCGGUAACCGUGUGUGAUGUUGUGUUACGCUGUGUUGCUGGCUGCUCGCGCUACGCAUUAGACAAGAAGUGACGUGUCGUGAACGCUUUUAUUUUCUCCGACCCAACCCCGAACGUGGACUCUGUUAUUCGCCGUGUUUUGUUUUUUUUGAUAUUCUGUUUUGUCUGUGCUUCUGUUGACUCUUCAUGGGGACGUUACGUAUUAAAGAAAACAUCAAACCCCUCCUGUGAUUCGUGUCCUCUUUAACGACUGUCGUGAUGGACGCAACGUAAAAACCUUUGCGCACACAAGUGAAGAGCCAGCUCAGCUGACCUCUGACCUCUGAGCAAAGACGCCAUGAAGGUAAUCCCCCCCCUUUUCUCCCCAAUUGUACCCGGGUUGACGCUAGAUCCAACGGGGUGUAGG